UGGAUGGAUCUGUCAAAAAAUCAUAAAAUUCAAGUCGUAGAUUUCAGCUGAAAAAUAGUUUUUCUGUAAAUAAAACCACAAAUUCUCAUAUAAAAUGUCGGCUAAACAAGCCAUACAAGUUGGCUCCAGAUAUGUAAAACCUAUGCUCUCAUUGAGCAAGGGUGAAGCGAGGAGAAGAGUGCUAAAUUUGUACAAAGCUUGGUAUCGUCAGAUCCCAUACAUAGUAAAAGACUUUGAUAUGCCAAAAACUGAGGAACAGUGCCGUGACAAGCUAAAGGAAAUAUUCUUGAAGAACAAAGAUGUCAGUGACAUUAGGGUCAUUGAUGUACUGGUCAUCAAGGGUCAGAUGGAAUUGCAGGAAUGUGUGAAAAUAUGGAAACAAAAGGGGCAUGUCAUGGCAUACUGGAAACCAUCAGAGGAGCCCAAACCCAAAGACUUCCUCUCCAAAUUCUUUGCCGGUAAUGAAUAAUAUGUUUAUGUUACACUACAGUAGGCCAAUCAAUAAAAUGUAAAUAGAUGCAAUUAAGUCCAAAUGUUAAUUUACAAUUAAUAGAGAUGGAACUCACA